AUGACGCAAUUCACACCCCCACUACCUCCUUUCCACCAAAUCGCACCCCUCCCAAACCCUACCAUGAACAAAAACCAAAUUCCUAGGACUAGGCCCUGGCCUGCAGGUUUCCCUACCUCCAAGGCUUUAACAAAUUUCGGCGACGCUAACUGCAUGGAACAGUUACUUGUUCACUGUGCCAACGCUAUUCAAACCAACGACGUAACCCUCGCUCAGCAAAUCCUUUGGGUUCUUAACAACAUAGCACCCCCUGACGGUGACUCCAACCAACGUCUUGCCUCCUGCUUCCUCCGUGCCCUCACCGCACGUGCUGCCCAAACCGGUACCUGCAAGAUGCUCGUCGCUGUAGCAGAUCACGCCUGCACCAACCUCUCCAUAGACACCCAUAAAUUCUCCGUCAUGGAGCUUGCCAACUUCGUCGACCUAACCCCCUGGCACCGCUUCGGUUUCACUGCUGCUAACGCAGCCGUCCUCGAAGCCACUGAUGGUUUCUCCGUCAUCCACAUCGUGGACCUAAGUCUCACGCACUGCAUGCAGAUUCCCACACUCAUCGAUGCCAUCGCCAGCCGCCACGAGGUCCCUCCGCUCAUCAAACUCACAGUGGCUGAUGCCACCUCUAGAGACAUCCCUCCUAUGCUCGACCUCUCCUACGACGAACUCGGGGCCAAGUUGGUCAAUUUCGCAAGGUCCAGAAAUAUCAUCAUGGAAUUCAGAGCGGUUUCUUCCACUUAUCAAGACGGGUUUGCGGGUUUGAUCGAACAGUUAAGAGUGCAACAACAGCAUUUUGUUUACUCGGCAGAACCUCGUCCCAGUGAGGCUUUGGUCAUCAACUGUCACAUGAUGCUUCACUACAUCCCUGAUGAAACCCUACACGCGAUUCCUGAAACUGACUUAACCUCUUUUCUUUAUGAUUCUUCUUCUUGUUCUGUUGGUGCUUCUUCUGUCGUUAGCAUUACUUCCACUUCCUCGCUGCGAUCGUUGUUUCUUAAAUCCCUGCGGGGCUUAGACCCAACUGUUGUAAUCUUGGUAGAUGAAGAUGCGGAUUUGACAUCCAAUAACUUGGUUUGCAGGCUAAGAUCUGCAUUUAACUACCUAUGGAUACCUUACGACACUGUGGAUACGUUCCUUCCACGAGGGAGUAAGCAAAGGCAGUGGUACGAAGCAGACAUUUGCUGGAAGAUUGAGAACGUGAUAGCGCAUGAAGGGGUUCAGAGAGUGGAGAGGGUUGAGCCUAAGAACAGGUGGGAGCAGCGAAUGAAGAACGCGAACUUUCAAGGGGUGAAUUUCAGUGAGGAGUCUAUUGCGGAGGUGAAGGGCAUGCUGGAUGAACAUGCUGCCGGGUGGGGAUUGAAGAAGGAAGAUGAGCACAUUGUGCUCACUUGGAAAGGACACAAUGUCGUCUUUGCCUCUGCUUGGUUACCUGCUUGA